AGUAACUCGAGUACUGCUUGACGGCACGGCGAAACUGCGCUCGGCACGUGCAGGAAUUUGCACUGAAAGAAACAACGGUUCCGGGCGUACUGUACCUAGUGCGGUUGCAUGGUACCGAUAUUUUAAAAAAUCUGGUGCGCCAUUUUCGGGAUUUCGAUGGAUGGUACUGUUAUUUAAUUUCUUUUUGAAUGGUUUACUAAAGGAAAAGAGCUUUAUAUACAACCAUCUUCAGGAAAAUCCGGAAAGAUUUCUAAUCAAUUGCAUCAAGGAAGUAAACCGAACAGUCAACAGCUCGAGUGAAAGUGAUCUUGUUGAUUUUUAGUGCCUUUAAACAUCCUUAUUACAAAUCGUUUAUUUACAUACUACCGGUGAUCUCAGUGAGAUGUGAUGACAAAGAAAAGGAUUAUUAAAAGGAAGAAAAAGAAGUGCCAUUUGUGGAUUCCCCUCCAAUGAGACCGUCAAAAUGACUUUUCGUCUGUACGUGAACACGUCAAUAUGGAUUAUUGCACUAGUAUCUCUAGUGAGGUCCAUACCAUGGGCAGAUCCAGCCCUGGAGGCACUGGACGAACUGAACGACGUAGAAGUAUACAGGGCGGUAGUAAAAUCCAUGGACGACUGGCAGAGAAAACGUGACCAAAAGAAAGCUACCAAUCGAACCAAACGCGAAGAACCCAGCGUGUGCUACGAGGAGCUGGGUUGCUUUGAAGCUUCUGGUCCUUUUGGGUACUUAGAUAUGUUACCAAGCAAGCCUGAAGAGAUCAGUACAAAGUUUUUAAUGUAUCCCGCCAGGACCAGACGAAGACGUAGCGGUUCGGCUCCUGCAGAAAUCCCGUUCGAUAAAAUAACGGAGGCAUUUGAAUGGGCUAAAAGUGGUUUCAACAAGAGUCUACCUACCAAAGUGUUGAUACACGGAUUUGGAAGCGAUUGUGGGUAUAUUUGGGCCUACGAAAUACGGAGUGCUUUGAUGGCAGUGGAAGAAGUGAACACAAUCUGUGUGGAUUGGUCCAACGGUGCUUCUCUACCUAAUUACGUCAAAGCAUCAGCCAACACGCGAUUGGUCGGAAAACAGCUGUCACUGUUGCUUAGAGGAAUGGUGGACAAAAAUGGACUCUCUUUAAGAGACACCCAUUUGAUUGGGUUCAGUUUGGGAGCUCACAUUGCUGGAUUCGCUGGUGCUGAUUUGGGAAAUCUUAGCCGGAUCACAGGAUUGGAUCCUGCAGGACCUCUUUUUGAAUCGCAGGAUACCAGGGCACGCUUGGACCACACAGACGCGGCUUUCGUUGACGUCAUUCACAGCAAUGGGGAGAAUUUAAUCUUGGGAGGCCUGGGAUCCUCUCAGCCAAUGGGACAUGUUGAUUUCUACCCAAAUGGAGGACGUAUGCAGAAGGGAUGUAGUCAUUUGUUUGUUGGAGCUGUCACAGAUAUCAUUUGGUCGUCAGCAGUGGAGGGUCGGUCAUUGUGUAACCACCGGAGAGCUUACAAAUUCUUUAUCGAUUCCGUGUCCCCCAGGUGCCAUUUCCCUGCCUUCCCCUGCGAUUCUUACGAUGAUUUUAUUGCCGGAAAAUGCUUUCCUUGUUCCGACGAAAGAAAAUGUGGUAAUAUGGGGUAUUACGCUGAUAGAUCCAAAGGAAGAGGACAAUUGUACCUGAUUACAAGAGACGAGGAACCAUUUUGUGCUCAUCAGUAUUUGGUCAAAAUUGAAAGUACUCCUAGUCCAGUACCAGUAAAGAGUUACGGAAAAAUCCAGAUAACUCUCAUAGGAGACUCCUUUCUUAACGAAACCUUCAUGAUGACAAGGAAAGAAGAUGAAGAGAUGAAAUUGGGAGAGUCAAUAUCCAGAAUUCUGGUGCCACAUCCUAUUUUAUCACAGCCUACUAGGAUAGAGAUACUGUACACUGCAUACAGUGGUUGGUUAUCUUCUGGAUUGACCCAGUGGAAGGUGGACAGAGUCACUCUAAUGGAUAGUUUUGGAAAAAUGUCAUCAAUUUGCAAAAAAUCUGUAAUUCUUGAGUCAGGAACACCUGUUAUACUGCCCCUGUAUCCUGGAUCCUGUGAUCCAGAUAGUGAGGCUGAAGAUAGGAUGCAGGAAGCUGAGAACAAAUAUCCUGGAUAUGGUAUUAGAAGUGAUAACAAGGAGGACUUAGGUUUUGUACCAACUCAAGUGGUAAAAAUUGGACUUAAAGACCCUGGAGAGUCUGAAAAAGAUUCUUCUGGUGAAGAUGAUAAAGAUAUUGUUAAGGAAAAACCUUGGAAAACAGAGAACGAAAAUAGUUUGCAAGACAAUGAAGCUGAGUCAAGCAGAGCUUUCAACACUAGAAUUAUCAAAACUGAUAAACUCAACAAGCAACACUCAACCAACAAUGCUUUGGUGCGUGAAAUUGUUGAGCCAGUGUUGAAACCUCAAUCAACCAAGAACGCGAGGUCUCAUGAUCCAGAUAGACAAAAUAAACCCGAGAUAACAGAACCAAUUCUGGGUCCAACUACUGCUAAAAGUAGUGCUGGCAGUACUAGUGAGUCUGGUAAAUUGGCUAGCGACAGGAACGAUGAAAGUACCAAGAGGUCGCAGUAUGAAUCUUCUGAUUGGGAUCAUGUUGAUGAGAAUGGUUAUCAAGGAAAAAAUAGACAGGAAGAAUCGAAGUCUUUGAAAGAUUUUGAAUCACCUCAGUUUAGGCCAGAAUCCGUACCUAACGUCAAUCCACUGGACAGCAUAGUCAGCACUGUCCAACUCCUACCACAACGUCUAGCCAGAAUGUUCGAGCAAGCUGAAAAGUACGCCAGAGAAAACAUUCUACCCCUGGUCAGCACUUACACCCCCAGAUUCAUCACAGACUUCAUAGGAAGUCCUAGAAACAACCCUCGAUACAUUCCUGUACACUAUGACGAAGACGAAGUCCAAGAACUAGCCCAAUCCAAGCACAUAGACGUGAAAAGUGACAAUCCCAACGAGGCUAGAGUGCUGAAUCUGCCUACUUUGCAGCCUAUUCAACCUCAAAUGACUUCAACGGAGUCCUACAGUCAUAUACAGAGGAUUACUAAGAAGAAGGCGGAUAAGGAGUACAUUUUCCCGAGGGAUGAGAGUUUGGAAUCGUUAGAAACGACUACUACUAGUGAAAGCCUUCUCCUAACCUCAACCACUCCAAAACAAACUAACAUGUACACCUUCAACCGUGCCAAUUCCACGUUCUCUAUCGAAAUCGAGUCACCGAAGACCAAAAAGAAACGCCAGGAUGACUCCAAAUCACUCCAGAACAUCGAGGUAGAGCACAGCGACGAACCACCCAGAGUACCGCAAGGAGGAAACUUCAGACCUUUGGAAAACUUCGUCACUGCCAUCCAGGGGUUGCCUGAAGGCUUCGCCAGAGUGCUGACAAGAGCUCAGGAUUAUACCAGAAGAAGAAUUUUGCCGAUGGUUGAAAGUUACGGGGCUAGAAGGUUAGGGGAGUUGAUUUGGAUUAGACAGAGACCAAACGUUACUAUGAAUAUACACAGAGAAAGAAAUAAUAGCACUGACAUACAGGAAGAUAACGUUCACUUGAAUUUAUUUGUUGGGACUGGUCCAAGUCUUUCUACUGUGAAACCUGAUGAAGUAGUUACUUCUGAAAGAUCAACUACAUCAAGCACUACAACAAAAUCUACUACUACGACAACUACAACACCUUCAACGACUGUUACAAGUACUACAAAACAACCUACACAACCAGUAGCAUUGAACCCAUCUCAUAUACCAACAGUUCCAAGCACAACUUCAUUGUUUAUGACCAGUACACCAAGAGCAAGAUUCCCAUUGUUUAAUAUAUGGUCUAUGAGACCAGUGAGUCAUACUGUUACGAGUCCAACUACACAAAGAGUGUCAGAUUCCUUACCGACAACAUCACAAACUUUGUCUAGUUCAAUAAAUAGUUUAGUUGAGUUAUCAAGUACGAAAUCUCCUGAUCUUGCAUCAGAUUUGCCUGUUACUACUCAAGAAGCACUUGAGAUAACUCCGAUGGUAGAUAUUUUGACUUCAACUUCGUCAACAGUGCCUAUGGUUCAUACUACCUUGGAAGUUUCUGAAAAUAUUUCGUUAUCAACUUCAAUAAGUCCACCUGUAACACUUGAAGAUACUUCUACAAAUUUAUCAUCAAUUCCUAUUACUUCCACAACUUUAAAACCUGAUUCUAGUAAUAUUUCAACAUCAUCACCUGUAAUUAUUCAAGAAAUUCCUCAAAUUUCUACAUUUUUAAAUACUAUACCAUCUAAUAUUUCAAAUUCCACUGUAACAACUGAAGAGUUAACAUCUGUAACUACUAUAAAUACAACAUCAUUAAUUUCUACCAGUUCUACAACAUUAAAAACUGUCUCUUCUUCAAAUAUUUCAAAUUCUACAUCAACACCUGUAACAACCCAGGAAUCAUCAUCAGAUACAUCAUCAACUUCAACUACUUCAAGUCCAGUAUCAUCAACUGUUUCUGUUCCAACGAAAUCAACAUUAGAAACUUCAUCUACCAUUCCUGAUACAACUCAUAAAAUACCUACAUUGCCAACUGUAACAACUCAGAAAUCAUCAUCAGUUACAUCAUCAACUUCAACUACUUCAAGUCCAUUAUCAUCAACUGUUUCUGUUCCAACGAAAUCAACAUUAGAAACUUCAUCUCUCAUUCCUGUAACAACUCAGAAAGUACCUACAUUGCCAACUGUAACAACUCAAGAAUCAUCAUCAGUUAUAUCAACUACUUUAAGUCCUAUAUUAUCAACUGUUUCUAUUGCAACUAAAUCAACAUCAGAAACUUCAUCAGUGAUCCCUGUAACAACUCAGAAACUACCUGUAUUUGAAUACACCACAACCAAAACAUUAAAUUCUCCAGACUUAUAUACUACGUCAAAAACUUUGAGCUCAAAAGCUCUAGACAUAUCAACAACGCCAGAUUCAAAUAACAAACAAAGUAUACCCAAUUUAAUGACCAUUUUACCUAUGGAUAGAACGAAGAUACUGAAUACACCUCUGGUGAAGUAUGUUGCUUCUUCUAAGUCCGAAUCACCCAACAAAGAGAAGAAUUACAUACAGAGGAUCCCAAAACGUGGAGAAAAAGCAGAAUAUUCUUUACCUGUGCCUUUUACUAUUAUUAUUAAUCCUAAGGACUUGACUACAACUACUUCUACUACAACUAGUACUACUACUACAACUACUAUAAAACCAACUACACAAACUAAGAAACCUUCUAGCAAAAAACCUUUUGUUUCUUAUGUACAAAAGAUCCCGAAAAAAGGUGAAAAAUCUAAAAGUUUCUUUUAUAAAGCUGUAACAAAUCAUCCUUUGAUAAGAAACACUAAAAACGAAGACGUGAGUGUUAAAAUGAUGGAUAAGUUUGGUAGUGAGGUGGUUUACAGACUCACUAGUGAUGGUAGAUUUGAAGUUUAAAUCAUACCGUGUGGGUAGAAGCUUAGUUUAUAAUUAUAGAAGAAUAUAGUUAGACAUUCUUGUAAUGCACUGAGAAAAAUUGUUUUAAAAAUUCAAAUUUUUGUUUAAAUAAAUGAAAAAUUUACUGAUAAAAGUAGAAAAUACUAAAAAUUAUUUGUUUAUUUAAUUUUUUUCUUAAUUUUGAUCAUAAUGUUUUGUUUAUUCAGUGUAUUUAAUCUUAAAUUUUAUUGUUAGGUCAUUUUUAAUCGUUUUUUUUUUGGUUUGUAUAUAUGUAAAAUUUUAUUUUAUUCUUCCUUAAAUAUUUCUGUGAUAUGUAUAUGUAAGAAAAAUAAUUAUAAGGUAAUUAUACCAUACAGAGUGAGUCUUGAAUAAGUGCAUAUAUUUAGUGCACACAUCUGUGAGGAUUUUUUGGGAAUUUGUUUUUGUUUUUUUGUAUUUUUUUUAAUUUUCACUUAAAAAACAUAAAAAAACAUAAUAAGAUAAGAUUAUUGCAACUUCGAGGCACAAAAACACAGAAGAAAUACAGUGGUUCUCAAAAGUUAAACACAAAAUAAUUUAUACAAAUACUAUUUUGGACUUAUUUGGAAAAAUAUUUUUUUAUAAAAAGGGAAAAUAUGUUUUUUCAUGAUAUCUAACAGGCCUGAAUAUAGAUUAAAUUGUUUAAGACUCACCCUCUAUAUAUUUAGAUAUACAGAGUGUUCAGUUAAAACUCUUUAAAUAGAAGAAAAUUAAUAUAGAGUGGCCUGAAUUUCUAGAUUUGGCUUUAAAAUCUUAUAUACCAAUAUAAUGAUUAU